UUGCAAUUUUAUCAUAAAUGAUACGUUUUUCUAGCGUUAAUAUAUAUUCGUUCACGGACUUCUGUUCCGACGCGGGUAUGAAUAUUUCUUUUACCAAUGGAGGGAAGUUUGAUUAAAGAGAGACAUUCGUUUACCUCGCAUGUUUACUUUGAAACGUCCAUCUAUUUAAAAAAAAUUACAUGUAAGAAAUAACAAAAGUUUAAAAAAAUGAGUAGUUUUUAAAAAUAAAGAACACAAUCUUACCAGUUCGACAAGCGGCAACCAAUCAGCUGACAAUGAUUAACAGUGACGUACUUCCGGCGGAAGCAACCGGUCAGCUGCGUUGCAUUUGUUUGCCGCUUCCUGGUUCUGUCAAGAGAUCAUUUUCGCAUCAUCUCAUGUAAAUGUAAGCAUUUUCUCACUUUGGUCGGUAGCCUUCAAAAGGAAUAAAACAUAAGGAAACUCUUGUUUGGACCACCGCCGCGACAAUGAACACAGAGAAGGACUUUUCGCCAUUGACGCCCAACAUCGUCAGGGCUCUCAAUGAUAAACUGUACGAGAAGAGGAAAGUAGCGGCCCUGGAGAUCGAGAAACUGGUGCGGGAGUUCGUGGCUCAGAACAACUCCACUCAGAUCCGUCAUGUCAUCCAAAUUCUGGCCUCGGAGUUUGCGCUCUCUCAGCACCCACAUAGCCGCAAAGGGGGACUGAUUGGCCUGGCUGCUUGCUCCAUCGCGCUGGGCAAGGACUCUGGUCUGUAUCUGAAAGAGCUCAUUGAGCCGGUACUCACUUGUUUUAAUGACUCGGACAGCCGCUUACGUUACUACGCCUGCGAGGCUCUCUACAACAUCGUUAAGGUGGCCAGGGGAGCUGUACUGCCCCACUUCAACCUGCUCUUUGAUGGUCUCAGCAAGCUUGCAGCAGACCCAGACCCCAAUGUCAAAAGCGGGUCUGAACUUUUGGACAGACUCCUGAAGGACAUUGUGACAGAAAGCAACAAGUUUGACCUGGUUGCAUUUGUACCUUUGCUGAGGGAGCGUAUUUACUCCAACAAUCAGUAUGCCCGGCAGUUCAUCAUCUCCUGGAUUCACGUUCUGGAGUCGGUGCCCGACAUCAACCUGCUAGAUUAUCUCCCCGAGAUCCUUGACGGGCUCUUCCAGAUCUUGGGGGAUAACAGCAAGGAGAUCCGCAGGACCUGCGAGGUGGUCCUCGGGGAGUUCCUGAAGGAGAUCAAGAAGACGCCGUCCAGCGUGAAGUUUGCAGAGAUGGCCAACAUCUUGGUCAUCCACUGCCAGGUGGCGGAUGAAACCAAGCUCACCAAUGACCUCAUCCAGCUGACGGCCAUGACCUGGAUGAGGGAGUUCAUCCAGCUAGCGGGCCGAGUGGUGCUGCCCUACUCCUCUGGGAUCCUCACCGCCGUGCUUCCUUGCCUCUCGUACGACGACAGGAAGAAGAACACGAAAGAAGCUGCGAGCGCCUGCAACCACAGCCUAAUGAAACUGGUCACCCCUGAGGAUGACGACGAGGAGGAGGAGGAUGAGAAGAGCACCGAGUCCCCAUCCAGAGAAGAUGGCCUCAGCAAGACGGAGGCUGACAGCGGCGACGCGCUCAACGCCUCACAGGGAGUUGUCGGUUUUAGCAACAUCAGCUUCUUCGCUCCGGCGAGCACCGACAGGUCUCAGGUGACUCUGGACUUGGAUGGCAUCGUGCAGGUGUUGGACCGCCACCUCCACGACUCGUCCACUGGCAUGAUGACCCGCAUCGCCGUGCUCAAGUGGCUCUACCACCUCUACAUUAAGACGCCGCGCAAAAUGUUCCGCCACACCGACAGCCUGUUUCCCAUGCUGCUCAAGACCCUCUCAGACGAGUCGGACGAGGUGAUACUUAAAGAUCUGGAGGUCUUAGCUGAGAUUGCGUCUUCUCCAGCCGGACAGACAGAUCUAACAGUCACCUGCGAUGGCUUGGAGCUCAAGGUGCCAGAUGGGAGCAAGCCAGGCGCCAAAACGGCCGAAUCCUCCCCGUCUACCCCGAGUAUGAACUCCUACUUCUACAAGUUCAUGAUCAACCUCCUGAAACGCUUCAGCACCGAGAGGAAGCUCCUGGAGAGCAGAGGAGCUUUCAUCAUCCGCCAGCUCUGCCUGCUGCUCCACGCCGAGAACAUCUUCCACUCCAUGGCGGACAUCCUGCUUAAGGAGGAGGACCUCAAGUUUGCCUCCACCAUGGUGCAGACCCUCAACACCAUCCUGCUCACGUCCGCCGAGCUCUUCCAGCUGCGCAACCAGCUAAAAGAUCUGCGCACGGCGGAGAGCUGCGCGCUCUUCUGCUGCCUGUACCGCUCCUGGUGCCACAACCCCGUCGCCACCGUGUCGCUCUGCUUCCUCACGCAGAACUACCAGCACGCCUACGACCUCAUUCAGAAGUUCGGCGACCUGGAGGUGACGGUGGACUUCUUGAUGGAGGUGGACAAGCUGGUGCAGCUCAUCGAGUGUCCCAUCUUCACCUACCUGCGCCUGCAGCUGCUGGACGUGGAGAACAACCCCUACCUGAUCAAGGCGCUCUACGGCCUCCUCAUGCUGCUGCCUCAGAGCCAGGCCUUCCAGCUUCUCUCGCACCGCCUGCAGUGCGUCCCCAACCCGGAGCUCAUGAGGACGGUGGACGAAUCCAAGUACAUGGACGCCAAGCGCAAGCCCGGCGCCAAACGGGCCUCGCAGGCCCACGUGGAUUACAGCGAGCUGCUGCUGCAUUUCGACUGCGUGCAGAGCAAACACCUGGAGGUGCGGCACCAACGCUCUGGACGGGCGUCCGAGCUGCCUGACAGGAAGCUGAUGUGAGACAGAAACCAAAAAGUGUUAACUAACAUGAUGGCGCUUACACUGUAAUGAUAAGAAUGUUGCGUAAAAACACAAAUUUCAAUGAAGAUUAAUUCAGAUUACUCAAAUUCUUUUUUAUCAGCACAGUUUUUCUUUAUUUAUUUAAAAUCAUACAAUAAAUGAAAUAUCUUCUAUGUGGUAGACACACACUCUGGCCACAACAUUAGGUACACUUUCACAGUCUAUUCAUAGAUCUUUUUUGUUUUAAAUCAUGCAUUUAUUUGAGAGUGAGAUCAUUAACAUGUUUAUCGCUGCUGUUUGUAAUUUACCGUGUCAUUUUGAGAGCUGCUUCUCGUAUUUUGAAUUACGUCGUAGCAGCACAGCGAUUAUAUUUAAUAUUUUUUAUUACUGUGCACUGUUCUAUUAAAUGUGGCCCCUCCAACCCGCCAGAAAACAUCUCCCGGCAUGAUGCAAUACAGUCUGAUCAUGUGAGUUCCUGUCAGGAGGUGUAUUUAUAUGUACAUAGAUCGUUUUUGCAGUUAAAUUGCUCAUUCAUUUAAAGUGAAACACACAUUUCAUGCUAAACAUCCAGUGCGAACCACAUUAUUGUAUUGUCACGGUAAUAUGACGCCGACGAUGCUGUAUUGUCAUGUGAGCUGCAUACAAAAGCUCACAUGUUCGAUAGCUUUGACCUAGUUGGGCAUACAUUUUUGGUAUGCCGUUCGUUGUUACACACGUCUUUCUUGCUCCUCCAGCUGACCUAAUAUGCUUAAUGUUUCUUCAAAGCACUGCUUUUGUCUUCAUUGAUGUGCAAAAUCAUCAAUAAAGUAAACACGGUGAACGUGCUUGCUUUCUUCUUAAUCUGACUUGCAAAUAAAAGUCCGGAAAGACGGGUAGAGCGAGUACCGACGGUUCAACUGUCAUUUUUUUUCCUCCUAAAAAGUAACCGCUGUGUUCAAUAUUUUGCUCUCGACUUCUCAUGGUUUAUCAAGCCCCCAGGGAAAACAUAGCUGCAUGUUCAUCCGUGUGCUCCAGGGGUGUCCAAAGUGCAGCCUGCAGCUGUUUUUUAAUGGCCUCCGGCACAUUUUUAACAAUACAAUGAAACAAAAAAUUAAAAGUGGUAAUUAACCAGAAAAUGUUGAAAUAUGGACACUCUUAACCCUAAUAAUAAUACGCCCUUUUGUUUAUAUACAACUUAGCAUACCUACAUUGGAACGCCUUUAGCCUUUUAACAUUUUUUUACAAAAUGGCCCCCACAUUCUUUGAUAUUUUGUAUAAUACACUAAUCCCUCGCCACUUCACGCUUUUAAUUUCGCAGCUUCACUAUCAGUUUUUCAGAAAUAUAUUAAUAAAUGAUGCUGUUUUCUGGUUGAAUAUGGCCGAUUAUUAGUCAAUUUGACACAUUUCUUGCCUAAAUUAAGCAUUUUCAAGCAUAAAUGUGGGCAAAUGAAGUAAAAUACAGAUGUAAGGCUUUCAGAAGAUGCAUUCAAAUACUACAUGUUGUUGAUAUGUAGUAUUCUACACUGGUCACCAGGUGUCAAUAAUGUUACACUGUUGAGAUAAUAGCACCACAGGAAGUAACAGCAACUCGCCCAAUGCUAACAUGACUAUAUUACUUAUUUUUUCUUAUUUAUGUCUUAAAUGGCUUAUUUUCUGUUAUUAUAUACACUAUACUGGGCAAUACGAGUGUAAAGGUAACUAUGGGGUGUUAUUUCAAGUCUAGAGGGCUCUAAUAAUGUUUAAAACUAGAUUUAGAAAGUUGUAAGCAGGUUUUCUAUACUCUAAGUACGGAAAUAUUCCACUUAUAAAUAAGGAAUCCUACCAUGUGGAAGUUCAUUUAGCACCGGCGGGUCUGGAAGUAAGUAACCGCGAUAAACAAGGGAUUACUUGUACGUUUCUCAAACUGUGGUAUGUAAGAACACCAUAUAUAGAUAUUUUUAUAUAUCUAUAUAUGCUGUUACUUCCUGUGGUGGCUAUUAUCUCAUAUAUGAUUAGAUUAAUAGUUAUUUUAGGUAGAUACUUUAAUUUAAAUUCUGUUACAAAUAUACGCAUGAUAAACAGGCUAUGAAAUCUACGAAAUACCUGUAAAAAUACAAAUGUAUUAGAAAAUGAGCUACAGUUGAAUUCAAAUGAAAUCUCCCUUUACUGAAGUAUGAACGUUUAAGUCUCCUCAUUCGCCAUCAGCCACAUAUUCGAAGAUUAAACAAGCUAUUUGAGGUGUAAAAAGUCUGAGAACUGUUAGACGUUUCAUUAGGUACUACAGGAUGGCCAGUGCGGGUGUGUCUGAUGUUUUGUCCAGUGACAGUGCAGUAUAUCGGUCAUGGCACUUCUGCAAUGAAUUUCACAGGAUGCCAAGUAGUGCGUGCACGACUGUUACUGUCCUUGUGUGAAGUCUCAUUGGUCAACUGUGCUUUUGACAACAGAUGAGCAAACUGCGGCCCGUGGGCCACAUCAGGCCCGCCAAGCAUCUUAAUCUGUCCCACCGGGCAUUUCCAAAUUCCCUUUUUUUUAAGCUUUAAUGCUUGAGUCGCCAAAAUAGUCAGAUGCAAUCUGUCGCUUGUAUAAAAAAGCCAUUCGAACAACACAACAUGUCAACACACACGACGCGCCAAGUAACCUACCUACUGCACCAUGUGGGCAUUCAAAUAUCUACGCGCAGUACCUACGCCAUAAAGAAACACACAUAUAUUCCCGCCGCAAGGCAUGCUGGGUAGCUUGUGGUACAUUUUGCCGUGUUUGUCGCAUUUUUUGCUUGAUUGCAAAACAUUGAGGAGGUCGUCAGAGAAGUAAACAAGGAGGGGUUUACAUACUCUUGACAUCCAAUGUUUUAUUGUUCAGAGUUCAUAUUGUUGUUGCGGCCAGCAUGCCCAGCAUGCCUUGCGGGCAUUUGGGAAUAACAGUUUUAAGUUGUGUGUUAUGUUUAGUGCUCAGUUGUUGAUGUAUGUGAUGCGUUAACUUGCUAUGGAAGUGUUGUGUUUUUGUUUCGUUGCUCCGUGAGAAAGUAUGUCGUUCUGACGGCCCCCUCGCCAAAUUUCUUAACCAAAUGUGGUCCGCGAGUCAAAAAUUUGCCCACCCCUGACCUAGAGAUUGCUUAUCAGCACCAAACAGGAGAAAAAUCUACCCAUCCAUCUUCUUCCUCUUAUCUGGGGUCAGGUCGCGGUGGCAUCAACCUAAGCACUUCCCUCCCCCCGGCCACCUCUUCCAGCUCCUCCCGGCGGAUCCUGAGGCGUUCCCAGGCCAGUUGAGAGACAUAGUCUCUCCAAUGUGUCCUGGGUCUUCCCCGAGGCCUCCUACCAGUGGGAAGUGCUCUGAACACCUCCCCAGGGAGGCGUCCGGGAGGCAUUCUGAACAGAUGCCCGAGCCACCUCAUCCGUUUCCAUGACGUCAUGAAGGAAAAACCUCCUUCGUCAUGGACAUGUUACCACUUCUGACCCGCCCCUAGCUAGAGCAGAUGAGCCUGCCUCGUGUAGAUGCCCACCACUUCAUCAAGGCUUGAUUUUGGACAACACACUAUUGUGGAACCUCUGAUACUUAUGUGUAUCCUGGCAUUAUGUCUAAAUGAUGUUACAGCAAAAGAAUGCAUGUUAAAAGGGUGACUUGCAUGGGGAGGUACCACCAAUUUAGCAUGGCAUGUGAGUAGGCAUCUGUUGACUCCCGUCAGUUAGCAGCUACACUACAUUAGCGCUGAACCGCCGCCCUCCCACUAGUGUGGACAAGACUAUAUAGAUGACUCAUUUGGUCCGUGAGGAUGAGGGAAGAUUAAGCUUUCACUAGCAGAAUGCAGUUGGACUAUUCUUAUAGGACACAUGCACAAUAGCGUAGCCACCCAUUUUGCAUCAACGUACACCAAUGAAAACAAAUAUGGCGCACAAAGCUGGUACUAGUAAAUAGCUGGAGUCACUGCACAUUGUUGUCGACUCACCUGCCUGGUUUUAAAGCAGGCCGGGUGUCCCAAAAUAGCGCUUGUGCGCUGUGAGGGAAACUCAAGCAUGUUAUACGCUGCACUACUGGCAGGAUUGUGUUGCCCCAAGAUUUCUAACUCCACACGUAUGCGCCCUAUUUUAGUUCUAGUAAUUUGCUCCCACAACUAAAUACUGGAUUACAGUUCAAAUCAGGACAGCAAUGCACAUCUUAAUGUGAUGAGGAACCAGCUCUCAGCAUAACGCAGUGCAUUUAUACACCAACACAAAAAUACAAAUCAGAAAUAUGGAUUGUCAAUAUUUCAUUAGUUAUAUACACACAUAGUAUUAUUAUUAUUAAAUUAUAGUCACAUAAAAUACUGUCAUUUUUAAUGUAAUUAUUAUUGCUA